GGGCUGGCCCAGGUUUUCGGUCCGGAUUGCCAGAUCUGCUGCAGAGCCAACCACGCGGCCUCCGCCGCCGCCCCGGCAUCCGAGAGCCCCCCACCGUUUCUGAAAAAAAAAAGGGGCCCCCAACCUCCGCACCGCCGCCGGACAACAUGGAUUUCGCUCGUCGUAGGAGAACCACCAAACCCCCGCCGGCGCCCCCCACCUGCCACCAACGAGACGGGGCAAGGGCCACGCGCGCGUCCGUCCGCCGCGCCGAGGCACUCGGUGGCAGUCGGAAUCCUUCCACCGCAUCCCCCGCCCCUCCUUGGCCGAGGUGCCUUAAGCAUUGCGGCAUGGCAACUCACGGAGCGCGUCGUCAAUCCGGGAAGAUGCAACCCGGCUGUCGCCGCCUGCUGCUUGCUCGGCUUCUCGCCCUCCUCGCGCUGCUGCUGCUAAUCGUCGGUGUGCAUGGCCGUAUAGGAGGGGGCUGCGGUAGUCGUAAAGAACCCAAACGGCUGCACAGGUCUGCCCCCUCCAGAGUGUCCAGGCUGUGGAUAGCAGCAGGUCUCACUCCGAAGCAUAUGCCCACGCCGAUGGCAUCUCAGGAUGUUGUGUAUCGUUCUACAAUAGUUGAUUUUGUUUCUGUAUGGUAUAAGAGAGAUAUGAAGGUCACAAUCUUUUCCUUACUUACGGAAUGUUAAGGAAAACAAGGAUAGCUGAAUAUAAGACACAAUUCAUCGAUAUGAGCUUGCGUUGCAAAUACUACCACUCCGUCCCAUAAUGUAAGACGUUUUUGCAAAGACUUUUUUUUACAGACUAACAUAGCUUAUAAAAACGUCUUACAUUAUGAGACGGAGGGAGUAUAAGACAUUUACAAUGA